CACUCACAACCACAGCCAGUGAUUAAUAUUUGCGCCACGAAGGCAUUCGCCAUCACCAAUAGACUUUGACCUCAGCUAGCAACAACAAACAUUCCUGUGAAUACAACACAAACAAACAAACGAACAGCUAUAUUUAACAAAAUGGAACAAAAUCAAAAUAUCGUUCAAAUGACCAACGAUCAACUGCAGUCACUAUUAGAGUCGGUACGUUUAGCCGCCGCGGCAGGCGCUCCAGCCAACAUCCAAGCCAAAGGCAGCUUUAGCAACUGUAGCAGCUGCUUUGGUGGUCAGCGCGACCAUGAGAUCGUCGAGGAGUUCAUCACUUCCAUUGUUACCUACAAAGAAAUCGAGUCGAUCAGCGAUGAAGAUGCGCUUAAGGGGCUAUCUUUACUGUUCUAUGGUUUGGCGUCCACUUGGUGGCAAGGCGUGCGCAAAGAAGCGAAAACUUGGAAAGAUGCCAUUGCAUUGAUUCGCGACUACUUCUCGCCCACCAAACCCGCCUACCAGAUUUACAUGGAGAUCUUUGAAAAGAAACAAGACGACCGUACUGCUAUUGACACGUUCAUCUGCCAUAAGCGCGCUUUACUUGCACAACUGCCAGAGGGACGUCACGACGAGGAAACCGAGUUGGAUUUGGUCUAUGGUCUGCUGAACAUCAAGUAUCGUAAGAAUAUUCUACGCCAAGACAUUAAGACGUUCCGCGAAUUACUUGAGAAGUGCCGUAUUAUCGAACACAAUGACUUGGAAUCAGAGGAAGUUCCACCGGUUCCAGUACGUGAUUUCAAACGUCCUAAACGCUGUACAUAUUGUAACUUCCGCGGUCACACUUUCGAAGAAUGUCGAAAGCGCAAAAUUGCGACUGAUCAAUAAAUACAACCAAAAACUUUGCACUGCAACAGCUUCCUAACCAGGUAUUCCUGGAACCACCUACGUACGAUAACUACCAUGCACAUACAACAACAAACAAUGGACAAUGACAUCAUCACUUAGUAACGUCUCAAUCCGAGCAGCUUACGCCGGUACCGUAUUACUAAAGCAAAACUUUCGCUCUCUCCAACGAAGCGGAGAAACAGCAUCCAACGGAGUUGAUUUGUUGAUGAAUAGCGGCAACAGCAGCAACAAAACUAUUUAGACUUAGUAUUAGUAUAUAAAUUCACACAUACAUACAUAGAAAUAAUUAUUGUGAGUUUGAGUUGUUCUUUACCCCUGCAAAACUAUUGGAAAUUCUACGUGGAAGGGCAAAGUUUUUUAUGCACUUUAGCGGUGUUUUGAUUGCUUUGACUUAAAUGCGUUAUUAUUUCCAAUAGAGUUGUACAGAGUGGAGGCAUCUUGGAUUCACAAACGUCUUUCAUCCAACCGCAAACGCGAGUUCACGCUGUGUCAAACACGGCUCCAGAUGGCUAUGAACGCCAGCAAUGGAGUUCCUUCAUUGCCGAAAACAAUAUUUCUUCAAUCCGUGAAGAUAAUUGAAAUCAAAUUUUAAACAAAACGAAUUAUUGUAAUUCGAGUCACAAUUCGAACCAGCCAGACUUCAACAAUAUUGGUGACAAUUUGCUUCAUCUCAGAUUUCGAUCAAUGAUCAAGUUUUUUUUUCAAUGGAAAGUUGUAGUGAUUUCAUUCUAUAGUAACCAUGAGGUUAGAGACUUGUGAGCAUAUCAUGGUAACUGAAAUAUCUGCGGGCAUUCCAGUGGCUCAAUAUGAACCUACAGGUCUCACCUUCGGGAUACAAUAGAAAGUUACCAUUAAUUUUCGGUUGAAGAAAAAGGUUUGAUUCCUUGUGUGAGUUGUUGAGGUCCGAAGCAGAUUGUUCCCUUUAUGAAGAUGACUGAGUAGACGAGUGCUCAAGACACCGCUGCACUUGCCUGCUGGUGACAGUGGUUAAAUGGGCAUUCAGUGUGAGUUCGUGGAGUGACAAAACCGAAAAGCACUUGCCAGUUUUUUAAUACGUUUUAAUACUUUUAUAUUUACAUUUUUGUAAUAAUAUCGACAAAUUGUACAACAAUGAUUCGAGACCGUCAUGCGCCAACUAAUAUGCACUCAUGCAUUCACUCAGCCCUACAGCUUAGAUUCGUCGCUCAUUUCGCCUCCGGAAAUGUUCCGAUAGUCUUGGCCCUCUCAAAGAGACACAAACAUUUCUCAUUUUGCAGUGUUCAGUUUAUUCAGAUCAUUCACUAGUGUGAGCUACCCACCGUCCAUUUACCGAGAGCAUCAAACUCUGGAGGAACUGGUCCGUAUUUCGGUUCAAAUGCGAUUGGUUGCAUCACCAACUAAAAUUUGUGCGAGGACACUACAUUCUGAGCAUAGACAUUUGAGGUCACAAGGGAACUAUGUAUUUAAGACUGCCUUAUUUAAAUAUUUGUAAUAUUACAGCACCUAAUUUUUUGUUAAUGGCAAUAAGUUUGGAAAAUGAAGAAAAAACAAAAGAUUUAAUAGAUAGAAAAAUAAAAGAAGUCUAACUAAUUUAUAUAUUUAAA